UUCUCAUGUGACAUCUGUAAAAAGCUUUUUUCUUUCAAAUCUGUUUUCGAUGCUCAUAUGAGAACUCAUACGGGUGAAAAGCCGUUUUCAUGUGUGACUUGUGGAAAAUGUUUUAGUCAAAAAAAGUAUUUAACUCGGCACAUGAUGAUUCACACUGGUGAAAAGCCGUUUUCAUGUGUGAAAUGUGGAAAAAGUUUUAGUCAAAAAAAGUAUUUAACUCGGCACAUGAGGAUUCACACUGGUGAAAAGCCGUUUUCAUGUGUGAACUGUGGAAAAAGUUUUAGUCAAAAAAAGUAUUUAACUCGGCACAUGAGGAUUCACACUGGUGAAAAGCCGUUUUCAUGUGUGAACUGUGGAAAAAGUUUUAGUCAAAAAAAGUAUUUAACUCGGCACAUGAGGAUUCACACUGGUGAAAAGCCGUUUUCAUGUGUGAACUGUGGAAAAAGUUUUAGUCAAAAACGGGAUUUAACUCGGCACAUCAGGAUUCACACAGGUGAAAAGCCGUUUUCAUGUGUGAACUGUGGAAAAAGUUUUAGUCAAAAACAGGAUUUAACUCAGCACAUGAGGAUUCACACUGGUGAAAAGCCGUUUUCAUGUGUGACCUGUGGAGAAAGUUUUCGUCACAAGGUGAGUUUAAUUCACCACUUGAGGCGUCACACAGGUGAAAAGCAGGAGAGGAGAUCCACUCUGGACCAGGAGGAGUUAGAACCUGUGCAGGUGAAACAAGAACAGGAA